AUGGAGGAGCGGGGAUGCACGCCCAGCGCUCCGGCCUACACCAACGUCAUCGACAUCUACUGCAAGGCCGGGAGGAUCGAGUCGGCCAUGGUGGUGCUCAAGAAGAUGCUGGACAAGAACUUGGCACCGGACGACUACACUCUCAACUCGCUCAUCACGGCCGUGAGCCGGACCGGGAGGGUCCGCGGCGUCUACCAGGUGAUCCGCGACUCGAAACACUUCGCCACCGCUGCCAGCAUGAAUGCUCUCAUCGCCAACUUGAGCCGGCGAGGGAACGUGAGCGAGGCGUGCAUGAUCUUCGCGGAGAUGAAGUCGGACGGGAUCGAGGCGGAUGCUAGCACGUACGCGCUGGUUCUGGACGCGCUCAGCCGGGGGCGUGAGAUCGACCGAGCGGUGGAGCUGUUUGGCGAGAUGGAGCAGCGCAAGAUCGCGAUGAAGAUCGAGAGCUGCAACUCGCUGCUGCUGGCGGUGGGACGAGCCGGGAAGACGGAGCUGGCUUGCGAGAUCUUCGAGCGGAUGAAGAAGAGUGGAGUGGCUGUCAACACCGUCUCCUUCAACGCCAUGCUCGACUGCUGCGGCAAGGCUGGGAAAGUUGGCCUGGCGUAUCAGUUCAUGGACGAGAUGGAGGCCCGCGGGAUCAAGCCGAACUCGAUCACUUUCAACACGCUCAUCAACUGCCUGGGACGAGCAAAGUACGCGUCCGAGGCGUACAAGGUGCUGCAAGAGAUGCGAAGCGCGGGGCUGACGCCGGACGUGUUCACGUACACUUGCAUGAUCGAGGCAUUCGCCAAGGCUGGAAACAUGGGCAAGGCGUUUGAGAUGUUUGGCGACAUGGAGAAGGCCGGGUGUAGCGCGAACGUUGUGACUUACAACCUGUUGAUCGACGCGCUGGUCAAGGCCGGGCGGUACCAGGACGCGCGAGACAUAUACUUCGACAUGAAGAAGAAGGGGAUACUUCCGGACGCCAUCACCGCCACUGUCUUGCAGCAGCUGGCUGGGAAGUGUAAGCUCUCGGGGAUUUCGCUCGACGAGAACGAGCAGCGGCCAUCGCCAUCGUCACCGGUUCUAGAGAAGAAGAGUUUGCAGCAGGAAGAACAGGAGGAGGAGAAGAGCGCGAAUGAUAUCUACCGCAGUACGUUGUGGAGAUCAUGA